UUGAACCUCGGUCCCGCUACGGACAUCGGUAUCAAAUUUCCUGCUGCCAUCAUGGCGACCAGCAGAAGCUUGUUGUGAACAAAACUUUCUGAACAAAUUUAGCGCACUUGCCGGUAUGGCCGAUAGAGCGGAGAGGAGGAGGCAGCCAGCGGGGCGGAAGAGCCGGCAGAGCCAGCCGAGGAAGAGCUCCAGCGCCCGGGUGACUCUGGAAAAGGUUCUUGGGAUCAGCCCAUUGGUCAGCAGCUUCUUGACCUCUGACCCUAACUCUGGCCGUAUUGCCUAUCCUGCAGGGUGUGUGGUGGUGCUGUUGGACCCACAGAACAACAAGCAGGAUCACAUCAUCAACGCCUCCAGGAAACCCUUCACCGCUCUCAGCUUUUCUCCUGACGGGAAGCACCUGGCGACCGGAGAGAGCGGCCACAUGCCCUGCGUCCGGGUGUGGGAGGUGGGCGGAGGCCAGGUGGCUGAAGUCCAGGCCCAUAAGUACGGCGUGUCCUGCGUGGCGUUCUCCUGCAGCGGCUCCUAUGUGGUCUCUGUGGGGUUCCAGCACGACCGGACCAUCAGUGUGUGGGACUGGAGGAAAGGCUCCAUCAUCGCCACCAACAAGGUGUCCAGCAGAGUCUUCUCCGUCUCCGUCUCCCAGGACAGCAGCUACUUCGUCACCGCGGGAAACCGACACGUAAAGUUCUGGGACCUGGACGGUUCCAAGGACCGGCGGGUGAACAGCACUGUGCCGCUGAUUGGUCGGUCCGGGUUGCUAGGUGACCAUAAGAACAGCGUGUUCUGCGGAGUGGCGUGUGGGCGGGGCCAAGCGGCGAGCAACACGUACUGCGUCACCGCCGCCGGGGUCCUGUGUCUGUUCAACAGCAGCCGGCAGCUGGAGGCCUGGGUGGACCUGAAGACGGCGGCGGCCAGCGGCCUGGCGGUCAGCGAGGACUGGGUGUUCUGCGGCUGCGCAGACGGAGUGAUCCGGGUUUUCCGGCCGGCCGGCCUGCAGUACGUGGGAACGCUGCCGCGGCCGCACCGCCUGGGCGUGGAUCUGACCCGGAGCGCGCCGCACAGCCCGCCUCCCGCCGGCUCCGAGGUGGUGCAUCCCGACACCCUGGCGCUGACCUUCGACCCCAGAGGGCAGCGGCUCAGCUGCGUGUACACGGACCACAGUGUGUACGUCUGGGACGUGGCGGACGUGAAGAACGCCUGGAGGCUGCACUCGGCUCUGUACCACAGCAGCUGCGUGUGGAACAUCCAGGUUUAUCCGGAGCUGCAGGAUCCGUCUCAUGCCUCCCUGCCGCCGUCGUCCUUCCUCACCUGUUCCUCUGAUAACACCAUCAGACUGUGGCACUCUGACGCCCCCAUCAGGCAGAGGAACCAGUACAGCCAGGAGCUGCUGAAGAUCCUGUAUGUGGGGGAAGACGUGCAGCGCCUGCAUGCGGCAGGGGAGCGGGCCGAGGCCGACGGGCCGGACGGGAAGGCCGGGAUUCGGGUGCUGGGGAUCAGUCCGGACGGGAAGCACCUGGCGGCCGGAGACCGCUGUGGGAACCUGAGGAUCUUUGAUCUGACAAGCCUGACUGAGCUGCUGAAGAUCGAGGCUCACGACUCUGAGGUCCUCUGUUUGGAGUUUUCUCCUCUGUCCUCAGGAGUGAAGCUGCUGGCCUCAGCCAGCAGAGAUCGGCUCAUCCACGUCUUCAACCAGGAGAAGAACUACAACCUCCAGCAGACCCUGAACGACCACUCCGCCUCCAUCACCGCCGUCAAGUUCACCGGUCAGAGUCCAGAGGUCCAGCUGGUGAGCUGUGGAGCCGACAAGAGCAUCUACGUCCAGACGGCCGAGCAGACACCAGACGGGUCGCUGUUCUCCCGGCGCCACCAUGUGGUGGAGAAGACCACACUGUACGACAUGGACCUGGACCCGACCGGGACGCGCGUCUCUGUGGCGUGUCAGGACAGAAACGUCAGGGUUUACAGUGUGGAGACGGGAAAGCUGGAGCGCAGCCUGAAGGGCUCGGCGAGCGACGAGGGAGCCCUGCUCAAGGUUCACUCGGACCCGUCCGGAUCGUUCUUCGCCACCAGCUGCUCCGAUAAGAACAUCGGCAUCUUCGACGCGGAGACGGGCGAGUGCGUCGCCACGCUGUUUGGUCACUCAGAGCUGGUUAGCUGCAUGCGGUUCAGCCAAGACUGCAGACAUCUGAUCUCAGCGUCCGGAGACAGCUGCGUGUUCGUGUGGCGCCUGGACCCCCAGAUGAGCAGCACCAUGAGGAAGAAGCGGGCCGCGGGGCCGAGAGGCCCCCAGCAGCCCAGCAUCAGGAGGGAGACCUUCAUCACCGUCCCCGCCGCCCAGCUGCCUCUGGAGGAGGAGGAGGAGGAUCAGCGGACCCCUGGGGGACCGGAGCCCCCUGCUGAGACGCUGCUACUGGAGACCAACGGGAAGAUGCCCAUGUGGUUCCGGAAGCUGGCCGACGCCGAGGCCUCCUCCAUCGACCAAUCGGAUGCGGAGCCCAGCCAGGUGCGCAGCCGGUGGGCGGAGCCUCUGAACCCGCUGACCUUCUGCUCCAGCCUGAACGCCAGCCCUGAGGAAGAGGAGGAGGAGGAAGAGUUCCACCCUCAGAGCCUGGACAGCCUGCUGGGAGACGAAGAGGAGGAGGAGGAGGUGCUGCAGACGGCCGGCGGAAACCAGACCUUCAUCCUCCAGUCGGACGGCAGCCCCGCCCUGUCCGACAGGGACUUCAAGGUGGAGGCUGGGGCCGAUCCCACGCUGGAGGUCAGAGGUCAGGGGGCGGAGCCUGUGUGGAGGACACACCCCAGUCCCGACUCGGCCUGCUCCGAAGGGUCGACAGGAAGUCUGGAGCCGCAGCACGACACCGGAUGUUCUGAUCCGAACUGCUCCUCUCCGUCAGACACCGACUCCCUGAGCCAGUGCAGCUCUGUGGGCAGUUUGGGUCCGGAGGACGACGAGGACCGGAACUCUCUCAAGAACCACUUUGAGAGUUUGGCCUCCAGUCUGGCUGAAGAACGCUUCGAUACGGACCUGACGGCGCUGCGUCCGGCCCAGGAGAAGCCCUUCCUGAACCCGCGCCUCAGCAUCUCCACCCGCUUCCUGUCCCGCUUCCAGGACCGACUCCGGUCCAUUCCCCGCGGCCCGGCGCUGCCCGAACGCCGCGCUGACGCCGACGCGGUUCUGGUGUGCUCCAGGGUCCGGCCCGGCCGGAUCACAGGGAGGAUCUCUGAAGAGAGCAACUCGAACCCGAAGAUCGGAUCAGAACUCCAGAUGAGAUCCGAGCACAGCGGCGCCAUCGGGUUUCUGGGUUCGACUCUGAGAGAAAACGCUGAUGGAGACGUCACGUCCAGAACAGCCAACUGCGGCGCCACGUCUUCAGUAAAGGAGGAGUCCCGCCUCUCCAAACCCGCCUGCUGCCCCCUGGAGGAGAACAAGGAGAACCAACAGACCACGCCCACAUCCCCACAGGCUCCGCCCUCAUCUCCGCCCUGCUCCCCACAGGCUCCGCCCACAUCUCCGCCCUGCUCCCCACAGGCUCCGCCCACAUCUCCGCCCACAUUCCCACAGGCUCCGCCCCUCUCCCAGCAGGAGCAGGGCAGCAGCGUGCAGGUUUUGGCCACGCCCCCUGCUGUGACAGGGCGUUGGUGCAGCGCCAGCAGCCUGGACGAGACGCCGACCAACAGGACACUAACCCAGAGCCCAGCGCCACCUGGGGGACGGAAAGGGGCGGAGCCAGGAGGUCCGACUGAUCCAGAUGUUUCUGCUGCACCCGAUUCGUCGGCCUUUGCCCCGCCCACUUCCUCCUCCUCCCCCGGGUCAGAGAGGCUCCGCCCCCAGGCAGACAGUGACACCUGUCGGACAGGUGCAGAGGGGGCGGAGCCUGUCAGCCUGCAGCGCUGUCAGCAGGCCGCCACCGCUCUGCGCCAGGCAACACGGCGAGCCGUCGUCCUGUUCCGCCAGGUUUGCGGCUCUGAGCCGUCAGAAAGCUGCUCCGUCCUGCAGGAAGCCGCCGCCGCCGCUCACAGGGAGCUGCAGGCGGUGCUGCCGUGCGGCGGCGCCCCCUCUGGUCAGACGCAGGAUGAGCAGACGAUGUCACUCCUGGAGAAAUACUCUGAGCUCCUGGUUCAGAUGACUCAAAACAAACUGAAUAAAAUCUGAACGGUACGAAGCCGACAAACCCCCGGAAUAAAAGCACCUUAUUGUUUUACCAGCAGUAUUUUAUUUUUACUUUAAAUCACUGACUGAUUUUGAAACUGAAACUGUCUUUUAAAUUCGUAAUAAACUUUGUGUUAUGAUGAA